AAUCACUUUCGAAAUAAACAGAGAUUGUGAAAAUGGGGCUUUCUCUUCAACUUCCGAUCGUCGAUAUGUCUUCGUCGGACAAAAUCUCCACCGCACAAUCGAUUCGUCGGGUUCCUCUUCUUCUCUCUCCUUGUUAUUUGUAUCCGUACUACUACAACAGUAGAAACUGUGCUUCUUCUUCAUUUUUACUAGUUUUUUCGCGGAUAGGCGUGUCUCGAACAUGGAUUCUUCUAUGCCAAUAACCAUGGCAUCCCGGAAGAAUUGAUGGAAAAGGUUUUCAAGGAGAGUAAAAGCUUCUUUAACCUCCCACUAGAUGAGAAGAUGGCUUUACUCCGCCGUGAUUUGCUCGGUUACACUCCAUUGUAUGCUGAGAAACUCGACCCGUCCAUGAGCUCCAUAGGUGAUUCCAAGGAAAGCUUCUAUUUUGGCUCUUUGGAAGGCGUUCUUGCUCAACGUUACCCGAAUCAGUGGCCUUCCGAAGAUCUCUUGCCAUCGUGGAGGCAAACCAUGGAAUGUUACUACAAGAAUGUCCUGUCUGUGGGUAGAAAAUUGCUCGCCUUAAUUGCCUUGGCAUUGGAUUUAGAUGAGGACUUCUUCGAACAAGUUGGAGCUUUGAAUGAUCCUACAGCAGUUGUUCGCCUCUUACGCUAUCCAGGUGAAGUGAUUUCGUCGGAUGUAGAAACAUAUGGUGCCUCGGCUCACUCAGAUUAUGGAAUGGUCACUCUUCUUCUUACUGAUGGAGUUCCAGGACUUCAGGUUUGUAGAGACAAAUCGAAACAACCACGUGUUUGGGAAGAUGUCCCUGGAAUUAGAGGGGCGUUUAUUGUCAACAUUGGUGAUAUGAUGGAGAGAUGGACGAAUGGACUCUUCCGGUCUACAUUGCACAGAGUGAUGCCCGUGGGAAAAGAACGUUACUCGGUGGUGUUCUUUUUAGAUCCGAAUCCAGAUUGUAAUGUGGAAUGCUUGGAGAGUUGUUGCAGUGAAACUUGUCCCCCAAGAUUCCCGCCUAUCCUCGCCGGCGACUAUAUUAAGGAGCGUUUCAGGCUAACCUACGCCUCCUCCUAGAUUUUAAUGUAUGUCAUUUAUGUUUUUAUAUUAGGAAAUGUAACAAAACAUAGUGUAAAUUUAACUCCGUAUGGAUGAAAUAAAGUUUAUAUUAACGAUC